AUGAAUGCUCUGACGCAGAUUAAGAAUACGCAAAAGGCGACGAUGCGGGAGAUUGAGAGCGGGAUGGGGGAGGAGGCGUCGUGGCACGCGAGAUAUAAGCACUCGGCGUACGUCUAUGCCGGUGGAUUAGCGUUCAACAUGACGGAAGGGGACAUUCUGGCGGUGUUCUCACAGUUUGGGGAGGUCGUCGACGUCAACUUGGUGCGCGACGAGGAGAAGGGUAGGAGUCGAGGAUUCGCGUUCAUUUGUUACGCCGAUCAGCGCUCGACGGUGUUAGCGGUGGAUAACUUAAACGGUGCCACCGUUGUGGGACGAACGAUCAAAGUCGAUCACGUGGAUGAUUACAAGAUGAAGAACGAAGACGAC